AUGCAGUUUCUACGUUGCUUUUCGACCACAGAAGGCUGCUGGAAAUCGGCAUGUUCAUUUGUCAAACCGGUACAUCAUUUGGUGAAGAUCGACAAGAGUAAACUUUCACCAAGAUUUCCAGAACUCAAAUUUAGCAAGAAUGAUAUCAGAUCACCCGGCUUCAAGCCUGUGGCGACCCAUCAAGAUCGAGUUUGGGACCAUUAUAAGCACACAGUUCAAUCUGAUAUGCUUCUGAUAACGUACAAGCAUGGUGCGCAAGUGAAGGAAGGGUUGAAAAAACGAGAAUGGGAUGGAUCGAGUCCGUAUCAUAUUAACAGACAGGCUCGGAAACCCAAGGGUUCAGACGCGCAAUUGCCCGAUAUUAAACCUAUCAAAUGGCACAACAUUCCAGAAGUCGAGUCUGUGGUGAUCAAUUGCUAUGUCAAAGAAGCCAAAGAAAACCAACUCUUACCUAUUACUGCCGCUUUGCAACUUCAGCAGAUUACAGGUUGCAAGCCCACCCCCGUAUAUGCACGAAACGAUGUUCCUACUUGGAAAGUGAGAAGAGGUAACAAAAUGGGUGCCAAGAUCGAACUAAAAGGCCGUCCCAUGUCCCAAUUCUUGGCAACACUGACGGAGAUUGUUCUUCCUAGAAUAAGAGAAUACAAAGGUAUCAGCAACAAAUCUGGCAACCGCUUUGGUGGUAUUUCAUUUGGAUUGACCUCCGACGACGUGAGAUUUUUCCCAGAAAUCGAUUCAAACCAAGAUCUUUGGCCUAAGACCUUUGGUAUGCACAUCAAUAUCAACACGUCGGCACAGACGGACAAUCAGGCUAGAAUUCUCAUGAGUGGUUUUGCAUUUCCCUUCCAUGGCCAGGAAAAGAUUAAAUAG